UAUUACUGUCCAGGUGUAAACAAUUCUUUACAGAAUUUUAGUACUUGUUUAAUCGAGAUGGAGGGAUAACUUGUUUACUUAAAAACAUAAUAUCAGUAGAAGAAAUUUAUUAACUUAAAAAAUUCAAAUUACAUUAUAUGUAAUUUCCUCUGUCAGCUGACUUGGUAGUCGGGGUGACCAGGAUCCGCCAUUUUAUCCAACAAGAUGGAUCCUCGUCUCAGUGCCCAGGACGUGGUACGGUGUGACCUUUGUAAGGAUAAAGUUGUACAGAAUUAUUGUGACUAUUGCCAUGUCAAACUAUGUAAGCAAUGUAUAGGAGAACACAUCUCAGAUGAAUAUGACAAACAUAAAAUUGUCCCAUUCCAGCAACGAAAAUCCACCCUGAUUUUUCCAAGUUGUAAGAAACAUUCCAAAGAAACAUGCAAACUGCAAUGCUUGUCAUGUAACAAUUCUAUUUGCGCCAAAUGCUCGAUAUUAAAAGAACACAAAUAUCAUAAUGUAGUAGACCUCGAGGACAGCUACAAUUCAAAGAAAGCAAACAUUGGAAAAGAUACAGAAGAAAUUGAAAAAAUAAUUUUUCCAACAUAUGAAGAAAUAAGGAAAGCUUUGGAGAGCCAGAUUGCCAGCCUAGACGAAGAGUAUGAAAAAAUUACAACAAUAAUGUCCAAACAAGGAGAGAAAUGGCAUAAAGAAGUUGAUAGAAUUAUCAAUCAAAUAAAGGACGAAAUAAUCGAAAUGAAAAUUGAUCACCGAAAAAUCUUGAAAAAACAUUUAAAAGAGAUCACAGAUAUAGAAUUACUGAUAAGAGAAAAUCUACGCACUUUGAAAGACAUGCAGCUGGAAUCCAAUCUUGUAUCUGCAAUUAUGGAAUACAAAUCAAAAAACAAAGAAUUAAGUAAACUUCCUCCACAAGUUAAAGUUUCAUUACCUUUAUUUUGUCCCAAGCCAAUAGAUAGUGGGAAAGUUUAUGAAAUGAUAGGAUCCACCAAACCUCUGACCUCUACUACGGAUAAAAUUGGGUACACAUUGAAGAAACAAAAUGGGUCAUCCAGAGAACUGUUGGAUACACCAGAAGUCAUCAAUGUGUUUAACACUGGGUAUGAAAAUCUCCGAGGUGUUCUCUUUUACAACAAACAAGAAAUAUGGACAUCUGCUGAAGUUAACAAAAUAAAAUGCUUCAAUGAUAAAGGAAUGUCGACCAAUGCAAUCAAAACAAAAUCUGGAGAAUGGCCACAUGAUAUAUCUGUAACACAUGACGGAUGUUUACUUUAUAGCGACUGGAUAUUGCGAACAGUUUAUAAAGUGGUGAAUGGGCAGAUAUAUGAAAUAAUAAAACCACGAGAAUGGAUACCCGGUGAAAUGUGUAUCACCUCCUGCAGUGAUCUUCUGAUAGUGAUGUAUGAUUGUGACAAAACUCAAUGCAAAGUUGUCCGAUACUCAGGGUCAACAAAGAAACAAACAAUUCAAUAUGAAGAGAACGGUAAACCUCUGUACUCAGGGGAUGACAAAGUAAAAUACAUUACAGAAAACAGAAACCUAGAUAUAUGCGUGGCUGACUGUGCAGCCAGUGCAGUAGUAGUUGUUAAUGAGUUCGGGAAACUCCGAUUCCGUUACACCGGCCACCCCUUCAAGUCAAAGACGAAUCCGUUUGUUCCUCGUGGCAUCACAACAGACAGUCAAAGUCAGAUAUUAACAGCAGACGGUGGCGUUAUAUGUAUACACGUUCUAGAUCAAGAUGGACAAUUUUUACGUCACAUCGAUAACAGAAUGUUGGAUGAUCCUAACGGUAUAUGUGUUGAUUUACUUGACAACUUGUAUGUUGCCGAGUACAACACUGGAUAUAUCAAGGUCAUCAGAUAUCUUAAAUGAACGUACCCACCUUGAUUUAUGACUUGACGUCAUUCUUGACUGAAUGCAGUUUAUUAACUAUGUUGUGUGAUCAAAAAUAUUCAAAACAUAUAUUUCUUCACAAAUGUUCAUUACUUCGGUUUUGUUAUGUUCUUAUGUAUAAAAAAUAUAUCAUUAAUUUUAUUCACUCAUGUUUUUUAAGUGCCAGUCAUUAUAACACUCACCACGACAAAUGUUUUGGCAUGUGACAAUUGCAAGCAGCAAUUUCUGGGAAUAGGAAUGGAUAUUUAAAUGCUGGAUUCAUCAGGGGACAUAACGUUAAAUAUGACUUAUAAUGAAAUACUACUAGAGUGUAACCUGAACAUGCACAAAUUGAUCGAGUAAUAAUAUAAAAGCGUAACGUUACAGAGAGAGAGAGAGAGAGAGAGAGA